AUGGAUCUCAUCACCAAGCUCGUGGACACAACACUCUCCAUUACACACAUGGAUGCCGUUGAUGCUCUUCGAGCUUUCUUCAUCUUCGCAACCUGCUUGAUCCUGUCGGUCAGCCUGCCAGAUACACUUCGCUCCCGCUUCGUCACCUACGGCGCUCGUGCAACCUCACCCCCGAUUAAAUCGGAGUCCCUUGCGCGCAAGGCUUCGGAUACAUCACUCGUCACACUCGCUCUUGACUACCUUGCCUCUCUGCGAGUCCCGCACAGCUAUUUCCUCCACUUCUAUGUCGCCGCCGUGCUCUCUUCGCUCUUUUGGGCGGCGCAGUUGGUUUCGCGAGGUGCUGUCUUCCAGGCCAUUGCAGCGAGGGUCGGUCCGGAGCAUCUGGAGAAGUCAAUGAAUAUCAAUCAGCUCUUUCUAUGCUGGGUAUUGAUGUUCGUUCAGGGGGUUCGGCGGUUGCAUGAAAGCCGCAUCUUUGCGAAGCCGUCUUCUUCUCGGAUGUGGUUUGUUCAUUGGCUUUUAGGCCUCGCUUUUUACCUCAUGGCCACAACUGCCAUUUGGAUUGAGGGGACAGGUACGCUCAUGAUUCACAAGUUGAGCCUCGACGACGUUCAAAUAGCCACUAUCCCUACGCUGCGCACCUUCCUCUGUCUUCCAAUUUUCUUGUUUGCCUCGGGGAUUCAGCACGACUGUCAUCACUAUCUCUUCUCUCUCAAGAAGUAUACUCUUCCGACCCAUCCGAUGUUUCGUGCAAUUGUAUGUCCCCACUACACGGCUGAAUGUGCGAUAUACUUGUCAUUGGCUCUGUUGGCGGCACCGCAGGGCGAAUGGGUCAACAAGACCCUUUUGUCGUGCUUCGCGUUCGUCAUCGUGAAUCUGGGCGUAACCGCUGCUAUCAGCAAGCAAUGGUAUAAGCAAAAGUUCGGGCCCGAGGCUGUGAAGGGAAAAUGGAACAUGGUUCCUGGAGUUUUCUAA